AAUAAAUUCCCUCCGAGUUAGUUUAUUGUUAUACUUUGAAGUAGAUUAAAAAAUUUAAAAUGACUACAUGGCUUUCAGUAGUACUCAUAUUGAUACAUCAAUUUUUGGGAUUUUAUUGUAUUGAUUACAAAGAUGCGGACCUUUGGAAAAAUGAAUUUCCUGAAUGUGGUGGAACUCGACAAUCACCUAUAGAUCUAGAUUUAACAUCCAGUAAAAUGUUUAUUCCCAAAUCAUUAAAAUUAAAAGAUUACAACGGUCUUCCAACAGCGAUGAAAUUAACAAAUGAUGGUCACGGUGAAAUUUUAAUGAUUGCAGUAAAAGUUGAAGCAAAAUGGCCGGCUGGUAAAAUACCAAAUGUUUCUGGUGGACCUCUUAGUGAUCCGUAUCUGUUCGACAGUUUACACUUUCAUUGGGGUCAAAAUAGUUCAGGGGGAAGUGAACAUACAUUUAAUGGACAACGAUAUGCUUUGGAGGCACACUUGGUACAUUAUAAAAGUAAUUAUGGAUCUCUUGAAAAUGCUCUGACAAAACCUGACGGUCUUGUAGUAAUUGGAUUAAUCUUUACGUAUAACGAAUAUUUUGCUAUAAAUCUCAAUCCUGUCGUGAGACACUUACAUAAAGUGAAACUGUCUGGAGAAUCUGUAAGAAUACUUCCGUUUUCACUAUCGAUCCUUCAUUUGAAUGAAGAAAAGCAUUUUAUUACUUAUGAAGGAUCUUUAACAACACCUCCAUGUCUUCAAAUUGUAACAUGGCUGUUGGCGGAAAAACUUCGAAAUGUUAACGAAAAACAGAUUACAGCUUUUAGACAAUUAGUGUUAGACGGGGAUACUAAAGAAAAUUUUAGACCUAUUCAACUUAUGCAUGGACGCUUAAACUAUUAUGUCCGGAACAGUUAAAAUAUUUUAAAUACAACAUAAUUGUUUCUUUGGCAC